ACACUUCCCUUUACCAAAGGAUGCAACAUCUGCUUUGUCUGUGAAGGCAUACAUUAUCUCUGUCUUCAAGAGUACUUGUGCAUUUCCUGUGCUAAACAAUUAAAAUUAAGAUAGAUUUAGAUUUGAACUUAUUGUUAACUUUAAAAUAAAUUGUUUACCAGAGCAGAUGCAAAAUUGGCCUUCAUAUCCGUUCAUGAAUCCCAAGAUUGAAGAGCUGAAGGAGGAAUCAACGAGCGUAAAACACUCGAAACAUUCAUAAGGAAGACAGCUGUCCGACAAAUUCCCCUCUUCUGUAUGUUUGCGCAGCUUGAAGACAUCUAAUGUGAUACGAUGACCUCAGUUCCUAAGCCUGUAUUGGAAUACAAUACGAAGAAGUGAGAUAAACUUCACAAUGGUGUUUGAAUUGAAGGGUCUUCAUUCUUGGGGUUAAAAGCCUACAGCUCUAGAGAUGACCUUACCAUCUCUUGGACACUCUUGAUUAUUCCUGGUUUGCUUAGUAGACUGUACCCUAAAGUGAUUACAACAACAACCGAGACAAAAUGAUGAACGGGGUAGAAGAAACCUCUGUGAAAUGUGUACUGGUCGGCGACUCUGCGGUGGGAAAAACGGCACUCCUUGUGCGUUUCACUUCUGAAACGUUCCCAGACAGCUACAAACCUACCGUUUAUGAAAACACUGGAGUCGAUGUAUUCAUGGACGGGAUCCAGAUAGGCUUGGGAUUGUGGGAUACGGCAGGACACGACACAUUCCGCCAAAUCCGGCCAAUGUCGUACCAGCAGGCGGAUGUGGUGUUGCUGUGUUAUUCCGUAGCGAAUCCUAACUCGUUGCUUAAUCUGCGGCAGAAAUGGAUCGGCGAAGUGAGGCAAUAUCUUCCCAAGGUACCCGUGCUGGUGGUCGCCACACAGACGGACCACCGUGAGAUGGGCCCAUAUCGUGCUAACUGCAGCACGGCCUCGGAGGGCAAACAGGUGGCACAGGAGAUCCGUGCAAAGGGAUACCUGGAAUGCUCGGCACUCAGCAACCGUGGCGUGCAACAGGUUUUUGAGUGCGCAGUUCGAACGGCCGUCAAUCGGGCACGAAGGCAAACAAGACGGAGACUGCUAGACUUUAACCCCUGUAAAAUCUCCUAAUACUUGUUAAACAGGGAUAUUAUUUAAUUGUACCCUAUGUUCUUAGUGCAACAGUUUUUGGUCACUAAACAGAAUCCGAUGUUUGUUUGUUUUUUGGAGCACAGUAAAUAUGUUUUCAAAAAGACAUAAAUAAUUCAUCAUUAAGAUGUUCACUUCAUUAAGAUUAAAUGCUUUAACUACAUUGUAACUUUUGUUGAAAAUGCAGACUAGCUCUGUCAACUAGUUCUAAAUUUUUGUUUCAUUAGUUAGUAAGAAGUAAAUAAACUCCCAUUAAAUCUCUUUGGGUCACACAGAACUGUGACAAAUGUUGCGUACCAUCAUAAGACAAAUCUUUUCAUUUAGUAUUUAUGAUUUGCCGACAAUGCCUUUGCUCUCUGUCGGACACAGUUUGUGUAGGUUAGGAAAAGCUACAUUGAGGAGUCCUGAAAUGUUUAUUCCUAAAAUGUUGAUUACCUUCAUGGGUCACUUAAUAAGUCAAAAACUAAAGCUUGUAGUUUGUUAUGUCUGUGUGGUCUGUCAUGUACAGCCAACCGAGAAACGUGUGUGAAGUGAAAUGUGUGUGUUUGUAUCAGUUCUGCAUAAAUGAGAGCAAGGUAGUCUAAGUUUAAACAAAGCCAAAGUUGUGACCAAGACCUUGAAAAUCCAGCUAAAGUCUUUUUUUGUAAUUUACUGUUUUGUACAUAAAAUCUGUGUAAAAUAACCGUGAUAUCUUUAAUAUUGACUGAGUAAGGCCAUAAUGAAAUGAAACUUUGAUGUUCCUAAACUACUUUAGCCUGGUUUUCAAAGACAGAGUCACAUUUGCUAAAACAUGCAAGUUGCCUUAAAUUUAUGCCAAAUGCAAAACCUUACAGACAUCAAUGAAUCAAUAACAAAUGUUUGUAGAAUUGUAAAACACUGGAGAGCUGAAACUAAGCUGGCUGUUAUAAAUGUGACACUGACAUUGUAAAUGUUACGGGCAAAACAUCUAUACAGACAGAACCUUGGAAAUUGUAUUUACCUGAUGUGAUCAGAACCGUUUGGUUAAAAACGACCAAUAAAUAAUGUGUCACAGAUAAAUAGUAUAUAGUUCAAGUGUUCUUAUUAUUUAUUCUGUAUAAUUGCAAAAAAUAUAUAUCAACAAGAAAAUAUUUCUUUCCUAAACACUCUAUUGGUUGUCAAUGUGAGUGUGCGAUACAAAUGUGCUAGUGUGUAACCAGAUUUAACAUUAUUAUGAGCGAAACUACUUCGUUUUCAACAGGUACAACUAUAGUGGCUCCGUUCUCAUUCUUUAUAAUGUUUGUGUUUGUUAAUUUUUAAUAUUGUAUGUUCACUCCUUUAGGCUCCUUUAAGUGUCCACGUAAGAUUAGCCAUGUUUGAACUUACACGCAACUUGAAUAUUGGAUACAAGACACAAUUUUGACCAUGGACCACAAAACCAGUCAUAAAUCGCAUGAGUAUAUUUGUAACAAUAGCCAACAAUACAUUUUAUGGGUCAAAAUUAUAGUUUUUUUUAAUGCCAAACAUCAUUAAGAUAUUAAGUACAGAUCAUGUUCCAUGAAGAUAUUUUAGUACAUUUUCUACCAUGAAUAUGUACAAAAUGUAUUAAUCAUUAGUAAAUUGUGUUGCUAAAGACUUUAUUUGGACCGCUUUAAAGGUAAUUUUCUCCAUAUUUUGAUUUUUUGGCACCCUCAGAUUCUACAUAUUCGAAUAGUUGUAUCUCGGCCAAAUAUUAUUCCAAACCAUACAUCAUAAAGCUUAUGUAUUCACUUUUUGGAUUAUAUGUAUACAUCUCAAAUUAAAAAAAGACCCUUAUGACUGGUUUUGUCCAGGGUCACAUUUGAGCAGAUAUUAUGUGUGUACUUUUAUGAUAUGUCGUACACGUGCACCCGUGUGCUUGCAUUCAUAGUAGUGUUGCUGGUAAAGACGGCACAUCACAUCAGUGUGGAUAAUAGUUUGGCCUUACUGAGCAGUUUCUUUCUCUACUGACACAACUUCAGGGAAUCAUGGGACAUUUUGUGAUUUUCAGAUUGAACAAUAUGUGCAUGGCUAGUCAAUGGAACACAGCAAAAACAGAAACAAAGCGAUAGAGAAAAUGGCUGAGUUAAGACAAAUCCCAGAAUAGCUUUGAUUACUUUGUCGACCUUAAGACAUGAUAUAUAAGGUUUCUAUGAUCAGAGGGUAGGAAAGUCCCCAAGAAUUUUUAUAAAAUAUCCAUCAACCAAGAAAUGUAUCAAACACAAAAAUAAACUUUGGUUAACACCAAAAAUAAAAUGUACAGAACGCAAAAUAGAAUUAGAGAACAUUCUUUUCUUAGACACUCCAGGUUUGGAUGUCAAUGUGACUGUAAGAUGUGUGCUAUAGUGUAAAACAGGCCUUAACAUUAUUUGGGGUUACAUUUUACUGCAGUUUUAAGCUACAGCCAUAGUGGCUAGUGUGUUUGUUAGAUUUUAGUAUUGUAUGUUCACAGUGUGUUUGAUAUUCUAAACUGAAACU